AUGCAAAGCUUAUGUCUAGCUUAUCAUCAUUUAGGGACUAUUAGACUACACAGAAAUCAGUUUAGAAAAGCCGCCCCUUUACUAACCGAUGCCUAUUCCUUAGCCAGAAAAUUUUUAAAAGACAAAGAUUUGCUAAAAAUAAUCGCAAGAGAUUUAGCAAGACUUCAAGAUCCUCCUCAAGUAUCAUCCCAAAACAGGAUAAAUACAGGAAAUUCCAAUUUGUCAUCAAGUAAACUAACUUCAUCAAGGAGUGCUUUACCUAAGGCACCUCAGCUCCCUACAAAAAUAACUGAUGAAAAGAAACUUUUGGCUGAAAUUUUUGGGGAUUCCAAAAAAAAGAAGAAAAAAGGCAAAAAUGACGGGAAAUUGAUGAGGCUGCCCAGUGCAAAAACUUUUUUGCAGCCUGAUAUGGAAACUUUAAGGAAAACCUCAAAAUCUUCAUUUGAAGAAAAAAAUUCAUUUCCAUCGAUUUCUUUUAACUCUCGGAGUGCUUCUGAAGAUAACCCAACGUCGAGAGUUUCGUCACGUGCUAAUUUAGAUGUAAAAAGUUUGGAGAAUGAAGAGUUUGCAGACCAUUUGUCAAUCCCUGAAUUUUCUAUAGAAGACCAUGUGCCGAUGGUCCCGACGACUAAAUCUGUUUCUCAGUUCAGGACAUUGGAAAGGGCGGCUGCUAUAAGGCUGCAGAAAAAUAUCAGAGGAUUCAUAGCAAGGGCGAAGUACCAGAAAAUGCUUGAGGAUAGAGCACUGAGGUCAAUAGCAAAAGACUCAUUUAGUAAAGAAAUUUUGGAGACGAGGUCUGAUGUAAAAGAAAAUCCAUUAGAUACGGACCAUGAGCCACAUUUUAAAACAUUCCCUGAAAGAGAGUCACCAGCCAGAGCUAUUUUGAAAAAGGUGAAGCAAGCUGAAACUGACCCAAAUCAGUUUUCAUCUCCUUUUGAAGGCAGCGUCAUGAUAAAUCUUGGGUCUCCUGAAGCUUUUACUCCAAAAAUCCGCCGCAGAGCUAAGCCAGAAGACUAUUUAAGCUUAGAAAGACCAGAAAUUACCCUUUACAAGCAUAUGAAUAAAAUGCCUUUUCAAUGGACUGUAAGGGUGGCUGGGAUAACUCCUCAAGAGCAAGAUGUGUCGUUACUCAUAGAUAUCAUCGGAAUAGGGGAAGCAUGGACUGAUAACCUAUACCAUAAUGUUUCUUUUACCUUUAACCCAGAGCUCUACCAAGAUCAUAGAGUAAUGGUGCCCUUUGAGUUCGAAACUAUAUGGCCAGUCGUUCAAUCUGCCCUGGAAAGCUGAAAUGCCAUACAACAAGAAGCAGAAUCCAGCUUCCAGGAAAGCAGCUUGAGGUCUGACAGCGAUGCUUCAGGGUCAAGAAUAAAGAGUGAAAGUGGAGUUGACAUUACGCAGCAAGACUCUGUUGAUGAAGCUGCUAUAGAUAACGUAAAAUCACUGGUUGAAAGCUUAUUAGACGAAGCUUCUGUUGUAAAUUCUAAUACGGGGACUAGGCUUUCACUUGUAAAAGAAGCUCAAGUACAGUUUAAGACUGAGGAGACCUUAAUUGAUUACUCAAAGUAUUUAAAAGUCAAAGACGGGGUCAUUAAAAAUAUAUUUAUGCUUCUAGAGCAUCAGUCUCAUGACAGUUCUUUAGACAGAAAUAAAAACCUAGAGUGGCUGGAGUCACAAAUGGACGGAAAAGUGCUAGAAAAAGGGCUAAUUUCAUUAGAAGGGACUGGUGUUUUAUUCAUGGUGUUAUCAGUGUCAACUGAUUUUGAAACCAUUUUAAAAGACUAUGAAGACAUGGGAAAUACAAGCUUCAAUAGCUAUUUAAUGCUGAAAUUACAAGCAAUUAAUUCUAAUUGGGAUGACUGGUCAAGCACAGGCCGCAACCAGACACCCCACCCCCCUUUUUAAUGGUACCCUCGCCUCCCCUUUUAAUGGCACCCCCACCCCCCUUUCACAGAUGGCACCUCCACCCCCUUAAUAUAGCAUAGAUAUAUGACAAAUGCUAAUUUAGAGCAGGUGGAUUAAAUAAAUUAUUAUUUUAAAUAUUUAAAAUUACUGAUUUAUACAAAAUCCACAUAGCGUAGCACAAUCAAUUAAGGAGUAGAUGGAAUGGAGUGAGAAUUUUCUAUAACUACUAAGACACCAAAUCUGAAGAAAUUUUUUAACAAGCAUAAUAAUGAUCUUUGGUUUUAAUUAGCAGUAUAUCCUGCAUAUAUUUAUGAGCUUUUGUGGAACAAUGGCUAAAGAGUCGAAUUAGAGAUCCAAAAUAAAAUUGGCAAUAGCAAAUACUAUUUUUUAUUAGCACUAUUGAAUCAUGUUACCAAUUCAGUCCUGCAAUCCUUUUACAAUGGGCAUCAGAUUAACUUUUAAUUUAUGAAUCAAUAAAUUUAAUGCAAGUUAUUGUAUUGUGCUAAUUUAAUAAUUAAUGCCAUUAUCUAUAUCUUUGGCAUUAUAUUUAUAAAUAUAAAAAAACAAAUUUAAUAUAUUUUCUUAUUAAUUGUUAAUUAAUUUAAAUUUAUUAAUUAAUCAUAAAUAUUAAAGUAAUUUAUGGGCUUAAUUUAUCAAUAUAGUGUGUUUUAAUUGGAUUAUAUUUAAAUUAUUCUGCUUGUUUCCUAUCAAUUACUUCUAUAGGAUAAACCCUUUUUAUUUUUUGAAGGGGGUGGGGGGUGGGAGUUCCCUUAUUGGGAGAUGGGGGUGUCUGGUUGAGAACUAUGCUUACCAGAUCACUCAAUUCCAUUGACUUGAGAAGACCUUGAUAAUUUUUUCACAAGUGUUGGAUUUUCAUUCCACAUCCCUUAUACAUUUUAUAUGAAAAUGCUGCCUAUUGAGGCUAAAGAAGUCCUUUACAAUGAACUUCCCAAUGCACUUUCUAUACAAGAUUCAAGAAUUGUGAUAAAUUUAGACUACAAGCCAGAAAAGCUUACAGAAGACCCUGAUAUUUCUAUAAAUAAAACAAUAGAAUGCCUUAUUGAGUCAUCAAAAGCUACCCCAAUGAAGUCGACAACUAAAGACUGAAUUGAAAGUCAGCUCCCUGAAAACCUCCAAACCCAAUCUCCUAAAGGAGAAACCAGCUUUGACAGUAUUUCUAUGACAGAGCCUUUACUGCUUAUAGAUCGAACCAAAUUAAUUGGCGAAAAAGAUGAUUUACACUUCAAAAUGAGCAUUCUCCCCAGUAAAAAAAUUUUAGCUGAGGCCAAGCCAAUCCAUUCAGACGAAAUUUAUACCCAUGUAAUCAAAGAUGACGCAAAGAUAGAAAAAAUAAUCAGGGUCUGUGAACAAGGAGAAGACCUUGCCAAAUGUAUGCUCCAAACUGAUUUAAAAAUACUUAAUCCAGCUCCGUAAGUGAAUAAAAUAAUUUUGUUCAAUAAUUUUUAAAAUUUAUUUAAAUUUUAUUAUAAAUUCAGCAUUGGAAAACGAUAAUUAAUUUACAAAAUUUAACAGAAUUAGCUAGAGAUUAUUUCAUUAUAACAAUUAUAGCUCAGGAUGAGCUGAAAACUAUCCCUGUCUAUAUCACUUAUAAUCAAUUUCUUAAUUAAGUUUUAUAUUAAAAUAAUUUUUGUUCACUCAUGGGGUGGGGAAUUUAGCACUUUGACUGGAAAAGUCCUGGCAGACUCAAGCAGCAAAAUAAAAGGUUACACAGGUGGCUAUAAAGCAGUUAAAAUUAUAGGGAAUGAGCGGUAUUUAAUAAGUCUUGUGAAUAACGAUAAACAGUCAAGGAUUAUUUUAUAUUCCACAAAAGAUGGCAAGCAGUUUGAUAUUUCCUUUACAGAAAAUGAUAUAAGGAAAAAUUUCCCAAAUUUACAGCUAGAUUUUAGCACAGCAAUAGAAUUAGAAAAAAACUUUUUUUCUCCAUUAGUAGAAAAAAUUGAUUUAUUCAGGACAAAACUUGGGAUUAUUUCAGCUUGGAAAAUUGAAGAGCAGAGAAAAGGAAAUUUAGCAGUCGAAAAAACUGACCAAAGCCCAGCGACAGGAACAAUAAACGCUUUUAAAUUUUCUGAUUUUGAGAAUACCAAAAAUUACAUUAUUUUAAGGGCGAAACCUACAUUAGAAGCAUAUAUUUCAUCCGCGCUAAAAGAAGAGCCUACAUCUUUAAUGGAAUCUAAUCUACAAGAACACGUUGUCUUACAAAGGGCUAAAAAUGUGACUGGUCAAAUGGCAUUAAUUUCUGUAACAAGGCUUUACACCUUAGAAGAAUGGAGAAUUUAUUUGCACUUUUUCAGGACCUCAAGGACUUUUGUAUGCAAAUUAUAUGACUCUGAUAUGUUUAAUUUAUCUGAAGAUGCAUUGUCAAAAGAUUAUCAAGAUCAAGAACAUAUUGUAAAUAAAGCAACAGUCAGCAACCGUGCGUGGGAAAUAAUAUUAAAUGAGUGCAGUUUUGAGCCGCAUGAACACUUAGACUUGAUUUUUCACUUUGACAACAUUGUUGCCCCAAUGAGAGAAGUAAUUUACCUUCAGCACAUGAAGCAGUUCGGGCAGCUUUAUUAUUUUGAAGUUUUCAUUAAAAGCGAAAACCAAUAUUUAAGCAACUUCCAGACCAUAAAAAGUAUAAAAGAAGCUGAAAAUCUGCUGCUGACCUUUAGAGCUUAUUCUUUUGAAAAAAGAGUCUGGGUCAAAGCAGGGCUGAGACUUGACGAGUGCUUAUUUAUGCUAAUGAAUGAAGGGUUUUUGGAUGAAGGGAUACUUUUAAGCACACAUAUAAAAUACUCACUCCUCCCUUGGGCUAGCAGGCAAAUACAUUAGGAAUCUCCCUAUUUUGAAAAAAUAAGUCCUUGCUAACUCCCCCCUUCGUGAGUGAACAAAACCAUUAGAAAAAUCCCUAUUUUUUGCCCAAAAACCCACCUUCCGUGAGCGAACAAAAAUUUUUUUAAUAGAAAAAUUUUUUAUUAAAAAAAAAUUUAUAUAUAAGUGAUAAUUAGUAUAAUGAAAUCAUUAGCUAAUUCUGUUUAAUUUUAAACAAAUUGCGUUUUAAAACAUAAACUUUAUAAAUUAAACUAAUAUUUGUUUUCCAAUUUUUGCAAAUUAGGAUUUUUUUAAAUUUCGAAAAAAAAAGUAACCCCCCUUCCGUGAGCGAACAAGAUUUUUUUGUUCGCUCACGAAGCGGGGGGAGUAAGUAUUUUUGAUAUAAAAUAUUUUAAAUUUUAAAAAUUCGGAAAAAUUAUUUUUAAAAUAGAAUUUUACUAAAAAAAAUAACACCCUUAGCUAAAUAGCAAGAUUUUUGCUCACUGACCAUAUGGGGGAGUCAGAAAUCCAACUAUAUGCAGGGAUGCUGUGCAGGAUUGUAAAAAUGAAAAGCAAGCAGCAUGAAUUUCGACAAAAAAUUCUGCCUGAAAUGGCGAUUUCUGAAGAAGGAUCAAGCUUCGAGCUGUUUGAAGAUGACCAUAAAAUGAAGGAACAACACUCAGUGUCUUCCAUUUAUGAAAAAGAUGAAUUAUUAUACCAACAUCUUUACUCAACAGUUCCCACUAUUAUUGUGAGUGUUUAUUUUAACUCUCUUUUAGAUGAAUUUGUGCUAAAGGUUUAUAAGGCAAAAGAUUGCUCUAUAUUUAGGCAGCCGUUCCCUAAAAAGACUGUAUAUAAAGAAGUUCCCUUUAGUGAUACUUUUUUGAAGCAAAAAGCACAUCAGACGUUAGGGAAAAGGAUAUUAGAAACGUUCAUGCAGAGAGUUAUUGGAAGCUUAGCUGAAUAA